CUCAAAAUGUUCGCGCGUGAUUAUGUGGAGAUCAUCGAAGAGGCUGAUUAUUAGUUGUCUACAUUACGUGAUCAGAUGCGGUCGCAUUAACCUGGACACGGACGAUUUGGAUGACAUAUCGGACUACGACGUCCAGGAUGUUCCUAGCGUUUUAACGUCUCCCGCAGUGCAUUUCCAGCCGCAGACAUUCGGAGUGCCGUGGCAACCGCGGCAGGAUGACGUGCAGCAUCGACCGGACGCGCCGGGCGUGAGGAGGAUCUCGCCGCCGGAAGUGGUGACCAAGAUGUUGCGGGCUCUCGAGGAGAUGGGCGAGUCCGUGGAACCGUCUGCGGUCGACAAGACGCGCGAAGAUACGUCCGAGCCACUGGAGCAGCUGUUACGUGCGGAGACACAGCCGAGAACGAGUUAAAAGUGUCUCUUCAGAGUGUCUCGAGGACUUCGGUGGAUCUCUUAAAAUCUUACAUUUUGUACAUUUAGGAAAGAUAAGACGGAUGGAGUAUGAGCUCUGAGUACGUGUAAACUAUUACGUUAUCGUUUGGUCCAAUUUUCCUUACAUUUUUUAAUUGCCAGUUUUGUUCAAGGCUUGUGUAAUAUGAUCGUGUGUGCGUAUAAAAAUAAACCGACGUGUACAAUGUUUUAAUUGUUUGCAGAUUUUCACAAUCUAGAGAGUUUUAUCAAUAUUAUUGAAAAACAAACAUGUAUAUUGAUUAUAACUUUUAUCAUAGAAUCGUAUAUUGUAGAAUCGUGACUGUAUAUCGUAACUGUAUACGUUGUGUGUGCGUGUGUGUGCGUGUGUGUGUGUGCGCGUGCAAAAAUAUUAAAUUUCAUCGAAAAUAUUUUAACACACGAUAAACAUCAUUGUAAUAAAAUCACGUUGCGACAA